AUGAAGUCAUCUAAUGAUGGUACACUUAUUUGACACUGUUUCCUGGAAUUCUAUCCGUUUAACUGAAGUCUUGUAGACACCGGUUAACAAACUUUGCGAGUCACGUGAUAUCCCGCCGUAAUUUUUGUGAAAAAGUAUUUUCAAUUAAAAUAGAAUGUCUGGAAUUGCUCUGGCUCGGCUCUCUGAGGAACGCAAAGCCUGGAGAAAGGACCAUCCAUUUGGUUUUGUUGCAAAGCCAAGUAAAAAUGCCGAUGGAACACUCAAUCUAUUGAACUGGGAAUGCCUGAUACCAGGGAAAAAAGGGACCAUUUGGGAAAAUGGCUUGUACAAAAUCCGAAUGCUGUUCAAGGAGGAUUAUCCUAGCACUCCGCCCAAGUGCAAGUGUGAGCCGCCUCUGUUCCACCCGAACGUUUACCCAUCUGGCACCGUGUGUCUGUCCUUGCUAGAUGAAGAGAAAGAUUGGAGACCGGCUGUCACCAUCAAACAGAUCCUGCUGGGUAUACAGGAACUACUCAACGAGCCGAACAUAAAGGAUCCUGCCCAGGCCGAGGCCUACACUAUAUUCUGCCAGAACCGUAAUGAGUAUGAGCGCCGCGUGCGAGAACAAGCCCUGAAGUUCCGUGACCCAUCCUUGUAGUCAGGCGUGGAGUGUGCAGAUCUGACAUCUCUAUUUUCAUCCUCAUCCAUUCUUCUCUACACGCCAGUAUCAACUGACAAUGUCAUUGUGUUGACCUGCUAUACUAGCUCCUAGAGAAAUGUGCUUCUUUUCUUCUAUCAGUGUAAUGAUAAUUUUGUUGCAAAAUCACCAAUGCAUUAAAAAGGAGUGUUUUUCUCGAAUUACUCUGAUAAUUUGUGAUUAAAUGCAUGUAAGUGCUUUGCUGUAAGAUAAAGUCCUAAGAUUUCUAUAUUAUACCACUAUGAACACUUAUGAUAAAUCUCAUUCCAUUAUGAUGUAAGCUCAUGGUUUGUAAUUUGAGUACCUGUAAAGGUUUCUUAAUUAUUUGAGCUCUUAUUAACCGACCACUGUACUUUAUUGCCAUUUAGUCAACGUUGCAUAUGAAGACAUACUGAUCUACAUGUAAAUGAAUUAUAGACAUUUACGUUUUUUUCUGAACAGCAAUUGACAAUAAUAUCUUUUGACAACGCAUUGAUUAUGAACACUCGUGGUAAUCUUUUUGGAACUAAUAUAACAUUGAUAAUUAUAUAUACUUGAACUUA